AUGCAAGGACAGGAAACACCCGCGCCUUCCUGGACCGCCGGUCUGACGACCCGGGCGCUUGGCUUUGUCCUGCAAUUGCCCAAAUUCGUGCCGACGCAGGUGCUGAGGCUGACGAGCCCAGAGGGCCCAUACCCCGCCAUCCUCAAUCUGCCUUCGCGCGACGCAGGACGCACGAUCCCCAUCUACGUUUUCAUCCCCCCACCCCAGGCGCUCGCCUCCUCGCAGCUCUCGGCUCCCGUCCCCAACGCCCCUGCUGGCGCCAAAAGGGUGCCCGUCCUCGUCGACUUUCACGGCGGCGGCUUCAUCUAUGGCGAGCCACUGGAGCAGGCGCCCUGGUGCGCCUCUCUGGCCCGCUCUGGCAUCCUUUCCAUCUCCGUCUCCUACCGCCUGGCACCCGAGCAUGUAUUCCCUGCUGCGCUCCAUGACUGCGAGGACGUCAUGCAUGCGGUGCUGGAGCCAGAGAGCGACGCCGGCCAGUUCCUCCGUAAAGAGGUCCUUGCGAGGUCGACGUUGCCCGAAAACGCACCUGUGGGAGACCGAGGCGAUGCAGCAGCAGCAGCAGCAGCAGCAGCAGCAGCAGCAGCACAGGAGUCCAGCAAGCCAUUCCCAGUCGAUCUCGACGAGAGGCGGGUCGCCAUGUCGGGCUUCAGCUCGGGAGGCAAUGUCGCCCUCAACAUGCUACUCUCGCUGCCGGCCCGGCUCUCGCAGUGGCCCAACAAGGAGACGUCCGCAGACUGGCCCUCGCCCUUUCCUCCUUCAUACCCCAGCACGAUUCCCGCGCUCCUCUUCUACCCCUCGCUCGACGCGAGGCAGGCGCCCUACGAGCGCAAGCGGCCUGCAGGCAUGGCCGGCCCCUCGAAUCUGGAGCUGUGGAUGGGAAAGUCGCUCAAGAAUGCCUACUUGUCGUCAGACCUCGUCGCCAAUCUCCGGGCCAGCCCCGGCUUGGCUCCCCUGGGCGUCGCAGGGGGUGCUCAGGGCGAGGUGCGCGUCCGGCAAGCCGCUCACCAGGGCCAAGAUGCCCGAGACACGCUCAAAGAGAUGGGCACGAGCAUCAGCCAGGCCGGCGGCGGCGACGACAAGAACAAAGACGACGACGGCUUCGACAGCAUGCACCCAAAGACGCGAGCUCUUCUCAUUCUGAGCGAGUUUGACACGCUAGCCGAGCAGUCCGAGACGUGGGUCGAGGUGCUGCGCGCGGCCGACAAACUCGUCGAUGACCAAAAGACGUACGACCCCGAUGACGUGGGCCUCGGCAUUGACCACCCUAUCCGCGAGAGGCCGGACCACAAGGCGCAAGUGCGCGUCCACCGCAUCAAGGGCCGGAAUCACGGCUGGACCCAGAUGCCCGAUGCCUUUCUGGGCGAAGAUGACCGGAAGAGCAAGGCGUUGGUCAUGGAGAACGCCAGAAAAUUCGUUGUGAACAUGUUUCUCGAGCAGCAGCAGCAGCUGAAGUAA